AUGGCUGAAAAAGUACGGGUACUGCUCGUCGGGAGCGGCGGCAUUGGCACGAUGACUGCCCUGAAUCUGGAACUCGGCGGUCAUGCGGCCGUGUCGGCUGUUUUGAGAUCCAACUACGCAGCAGUCAAGGAGAAAGGAUUCACAAUCGACUCAUGCGACCAUGGAAAAUUUGAGGGAUGGAGGCCUUCCGAGAUUCUAAGCAAGGUUCCAGACGUUGUCUCUGAUCCAUCCGCGAAGCCUUUCGACUACAUUAUCUGCACGACCAAAAAUAUCCCAGACGUGCCGCCAGUAUUGGUCGACAUCAUCCGACCAGCAGUUACUCCUGGGAAGUCUGUCAUUUUACUCAUCCAGAAUGGCCUCAACAUUGAGAAGCCACUGCUGAAGGAGUUUCCGACUAACAUCCUCCUGUCGGGCGUAUCUUUCAUGGGAGCGGAUGAGUUGUCUCCGGGACACGUUCUCGAGAACGACACUGAUCGACUCUCGGUCGGGCCGUUCUUCAACCCAGCUCUCGAGAUUGGAGACCAGAUUGCCGCAGCCGAGCACUUUGUCAAGAUAUAUUCUGCGACCGGCAAAGUCCAGUGUUCCUAUGAUAGGGAUGUGCUCUUCAUUCGCUGGAGGAAGCUGUUGUACAAUGCCGUCUGGAACCCAAUUUGCGCCAUUACCGGGAUGGACACCACGCGCCUCAGACUCGCUUCGGAAGAUGAUGACCCUGGCAGCCCGCUCAACACGCUUGUACGACCAGCAAUGAACGAGAUUCGUGCAGCCGCCUCCGCUGUAGCCGGCGUUAGCUUGCCCGAGUCCCUUGUUGAGGUCAUGGUUGACGCAGACCCGCUGGAGAUCUGGUGCGCGCCCAGUAUGAUGCAGGACACGCGGAAGAAGAGAUUCAUUGAGUACGAGUAUCUUGUGGGUGAAGCUCUAAGGGCAGGCGAGAGUAAGGGGGUUGCAAUGCCAACUUUGCGGUGUAUCUACGGCUUCUGCAAGGCAGUGCAAUGGCGUACAAAGGAACAUCAUGGGCUGGUGGACCCGCAGAAGUUGAUGGAGGAGAGGAAGAAAGCUCGAGUUUGA